AUGGUCGUCGCGAGUGAUACCGACCUCGUGACGGUCUUAUCCUCGGCGCACGGUCGACAGCGCCGCAGCGAGCGACUCAUCUCCAAGAGGGACUUGCAGGCGGCGGUCAAGUAUGGCGAGCGUGCGCCUUCCUAUACCGACAAGGGAGAGCUCCGCUGGAUGUACACCUUUCGCGGGAUAGUCUACAUCACGGACGAGACCAGCAGGCACGAGAUAACGUCAUGGCCGCUCCCAGCGUUUGGAUUCGACGUGCCCCUCGUGGAUAUCACACAGCCGAUGCUCCGAGCGCAUAGGGCCGCGAAGCGCGCGCUCGGAAAUCCGGCCUCCUGGACGUCGCACACGGUUGCGGUCGUCGAUCAGUCGGGAUCGAUGAGGAACACCGACGUGGAUGGAGGCGCCACGAGGUCUGAUGCGGUGUGGAUCACCCUCGCAUUGACGUGGGUGGAUGCCGAGAUCAAGGCGGGCAACCGAACGAGCACGGACGUCAUGUCCGUCGUGAGCAUGAGGAACAACAGCGAGGUGGUGGUGGACGCUGAACCCGUGGACUGGAUCUUGUUCAACAAGUUGGUCGGCCUCCUGAGGGAGUCGAAGCCGACGCAGGGCGGCAACUACCUCGCCGCCAUCGAUCUCGCGGAGCGAUGCCUGAUGCGCAACACGAUGGGAAGCUGCGCCACGGCGCUGCUGUUCUUCUCCGACGGAAGGCCGAGCGAACGCAUGCCUCGCGUUCAGCGGAGCCGCAGUUGCAAGACGACUAAGUACACACCAAAGGACAGUCGCGAUGCGCGGGAUAAGAUGUUGGCAUCCCGCAUCGGUGAGCUGGCGAGUCGCUUCGGACGGAGACUCACCGUGGGCAGCAUAGGAUUCGCAGACCCUUCCGAGGAGUUCUCUACGCUGCAGGCGAUGACGAAGGCUUGCGAAGAUUACGGUUGCCAGGCCACUUUCCACAAACCUAGUCUCACUGCGGAGUCUCUUCAGAGCAUCUUGUCAAACUUAUCGUCGACCCUCACGACGACGAAGACGGAACUCACGGAAUUGGGUGGCUCAAAGCAACGCACCGUUCGUAAUGUGAAGCGAGAAUCAUAUUCGCAGAUAAAACUUGGGGAGACGCAUGUGAAUGAAUCCGAUUGGUGGAUCUACAAGGGUCCAUCCGUCACCAGAUAUAAACGGGUAGAAGGGCCAAGGGUGUACCGUGGCAACAGAAGAUUCCCAGCUCCGAAAUUUGACAAAUUGAAAGCAUUCGAGCAUGAGAAAGCAUUUGGCAUAGCCCACCAUCAGAGGGCGUUCGGCGAGGGAGCUGAGAGGUUGGUUUACAGGCUUCGCGAGAUUGACAGAGCGGGGAAAUUUGUGGGGCCGUGGUUGGUUGCUAAGCAGAGCAGAUUUGUCGAGGAAUCAAAAGAUCAGGACGUCCAAGAGUUCCACAGAACGUUCUGCGCGACGCAGCAGAUCGCCGCUCGCAUCGCGAAGACUUUCAACAGGAAACUUGAAGAGGUUCCGGGAGUGAAGGGAAACACGCCACGCAUCGAGUUCUUGGAGUGUCACGUUUUACGUUUAUACGACCGUCAAUUGGGCGAAAUCGGCGUUCUGACGGAGAAGAUGCUGGACCACAGGAAGUACAAGAAGUGGAACUCGAACAACGGAUACGUAGCGGGCAUGAGCAAGGGACACGAUGCCGCUGGGGCGAAAUCGAUUGAAGGCGCUUUCGCUUCGCUGGAUUUGAACGCAACUGUUCUACCGGAAAAUCUCGGCGCCAUCGUGGAGGAGGAUGAGGAGGGCGAAGAAUUCACCGACUCGGAUGCGAGCGACGAGGAACUCGUUCCGGAAGAAGAUGGUCGGGACCUGCAGUGUGCGAGCGCGAUGGACCAUCGCCGCGGCGUCAAAUUUUCUGUCGAAGAUAUUCCCCAGGCUUUCUCGUGCUUUUCGUACAAGUACUCAAAGAGAAAGUACCUGGUUUGCGACUUACAGGGUGUCCUGGAUCAGACGAGAUCACCGCCUUGUUUCGAGCUGACUGAUCCAGUGAUACACUACAGGAGCAACACGUUCAGGAAGAACGUGUUUGGACGCACGGACCGAGGACAGUCGGGAAUGGAUGCCUUUUUCAAGACUCAUACGUGCAGCGAACUCUGCCACGCGUUGGGUAAAGUUUGGAAGUACAAACACAUCGACAGAGUGCCCCGCAGUCUCAUCAAGCCUAAGCUCGAGAACACGCUGGGGAGGAGAACGGAUCCCUUCGCGCGGAGUUCCUUCCUAGACUCACUCCGCGACUGA